UUACAUGUGCACAUACCUACUAUAUCAACUGACGUUUCUAUAUACUUGCUUACGUAUGUACGUCAGAUAUAUAUACAUAUGUAUGUACCAAUGUAUAUAGGGUGGGCGUGUGACGACCCGACCCGACCCCGUCCUGCCUGUCCCACAACCAUUGUUCCGGCUAUUGAAAAAAACCCGAAUUGAUGGGAUAAAUAAUUGAUUGACCCUUAAAUUCUCCGUAUUCAGAUACGGGGGCGUGGCCAGGAAAAAAAACACAGCUGUUGCGAUUGUAAAUCCAUCUACUUAACCAAAAAAAAAAAAAAAAAAAACAAGUACUAUUUCCAAAAAGAAGAGACGAAAUGUCUGCAAAGAACAAGGAAAACCGAAAACCAGUUUUGUGCCAAGUUUAUCAAAGUUAACAUAUUAAUACAAGUGUAAACCAUCGAAAAAAGUUAUUAAUAUUAAGAUUAAACAAUAGUUAAAUGUAAAUAAGGAAAGUAAUUGAGUGCCAUCUUUGAACCAAUUUUGUGUAAGUUCCUUAGAUUUUAAUUCAUCUUUAAGCGAGGUAACAAGCAAGGUAACAAGAUAAUAUCUAAGAUUAAAGAUCUACCAUUGAGGAUAAGUUCAUUGAGAGCAGGAAAUGAGCGGCGAUGUUGAGGGGAUUGUGGUGCGACUUUUGGCCAGCCUGGUGCUCCACGGUGAUGCCACGUUCAUGGUACCCCAGAUGGGUCCGGUAUCGAGAGAUUCUCGGAACGGAAACGGAUAUCGCCGAGUGUCGUAUAACAAUCGACGGAGUCGCCAUCGCUUCUGUCUGGUGGUUUAUAUGCUGGCCAAGAUUCACCGGCUGCAGGUGAACGGCGGCAGCUACACCGUUCGGGGGCUCUACUACAGCGAUCCCCACCUGAUACGGACGCAGCGGCACAUUGCCGCAGCCAGACUGGACGUCUGUCAUAUGCUGAAAACGUCGCCUACUCGCUUGGGAGUGCUCUCCGCCUCCAAGGGUCUAAUGGCAGGCGACAUACGGAUGCUCAUGACCAACGGAGAUGUCUUGGACUGCAGCGUAUAUAGCGGGGCUAUCAUAUUGCCCACGGACACCGAGAAGGUGGAACGCAUUGUCACCCAGGCGGACUUUGUGCUGGUCGUCGAAAAGGAGUCUGUCUUCGAGAGCCUGCUGGCACGCGAUCUGUUCGGCACCUUCGGUCGCCGCUGCAUCCUGGUGACCGGCAAGGGCUACCCGGACUGCAGCACGCGGCGCAUCGUUCACCGGCUAUCCACAGAGUGCCACUUGCCGGCCUACAUACUCGUCGACGCCGAUCCGUUCGGCAUUGAGAUAAUGCUCGUCUAUCGCCUCGGGUCGCAGUCCAUGAGCUUCACAUCGGGAGACCUCGCCACGCCUACGCUACGGUGGAUUGGCCUCCACCCCUCCGAGAUACCGGCCCUCUCCAGUGGUGCGGUUGCCCUUAGCAGUGGGGAUAACAAGAAAAUCUAUGACAUACUCGCCCGCGACUACAUUGGUCCUGGAGUGCGACAGGAGCUGCGUUCGCUGCGGCAGAUUCAGCAGAAGGCCGAAAUCGAGAGUGUCAUUGACUUCCUGUCCACCGACUACAUUCCGAACAAAAUAAAUCGGAAUUUAUUUCUAUAGACUCCUCGAGAGACCUCUCUGGAAAGCUCAUUUAAAAUGCAUUGAAAAUGUAUACGAAUAUUCCUUAAAAUUGUUAGAGGCCUGAAAGGCAAAGAAUAACUACAUUCAAACCAUAUUAAUUUCUUCAUAUAUCUACACAUAAUUAUGACUUCAAUUACUGAACUUGUAGCUGUAUCUACUACAGAUUUAUUAGUUCAAUUCAAUAUUAAUUUUUGUAAAAACAAAUAUGGCGGACUUCCAAAGCAGAAAUUCAAAAAUGGCACAAACUUAAACGAAAACUCAAUGGAAACUCUGUAAAUAUAAAUAAUCAACAGAAAUUUCCAUUAAUUCUUAGUAAAUUAAUAAUUCUUUUUCAAUAACAAAAAACUGGAAAAAUAAUUUUAAAGAUUAAUUUCUUUAUAAAGAUAAUCAUAAAAAUGGCAUUCCAGAACGAGAAGUGGAUUUUGAUGUUGAUUAUUGAAUGACAAAUUGGCAAAACUGUAACAAGAGAAUAUCUAUAUUUCGGAUGACGGAUAAUUUUUAGUUGGCUAUUUUUUAGUUAAUGAAAUACAGACGAAAUCUUAUUUAAUGAAUACCAUAAUUUUCAUAUUUAGAAAACUAAUUACUACAUUUUGUUAUUAUUAAGUAUCUAAACAUAAUAACGAUUGUUGAAAUACAAUAUCGAAUGUCCGAAAUGGACUAUUCCGACUGAUGCACUUGCUCGAUAAAUACAUUGAAUGGCACUGUGAAAUGUCCCCUAUUUCCACAGUGGCCAAGGAAAACGUAAAUUGUGUGUAGAAUUAGGCUAAAUAUAAUAUGUAAGGGAUUCAAGUGCAUAUAAAUGUAUAGUCCGAGAUUAAAAUAGUUUAUAGGUAUUCAUUUCGGUGGAGAUACACUCCCCGACACUUGAAUAUGACAUACUAAAACGUACACUUUAGGCACCAAUAUUUCCGGCACAAGCCAAAGAAAACGGUGAAUUUGAAUUUUCCUCAAAUCUCUAUUCAAUUUAGCAUAAAUUAAAAAAAAAAAUAAUAGCAAUAUUCAUCAAAGUAGAUUGAGGAAAAAAAUUUAGUUGACAUAACUCAAAUUUCCGCUCCCAAAAAAUGCGACACUUGAAUACGACAUUCACAUUGAAAAAUUUUUUAUUUUGGAUGUGGUCGCGACCAGACAUUGAAUAAACUCUCAAAAAUUUGAAUGUUAAGUAGCUUCACGGAUGACAGGAACCGCCUGGCAUUAGGAUAACUUUAGGAGGAGAAACAAUAUAGACUCACCGGCAAGUACUC